AAGAACAAUAAAUUAGGGUUUUAGCUUUCAUUCACUCACAGUAAGGGCACCGUCGCCACUCACAGAGCUCAGCUUAGCCUCAAGAAAUCAAGCAAAAUGGUGAAGGGUAGUCAAGGAGAAAGAAUCAGACUCUAUGUCAGAGGAACAAUCUUGGGUUACAAGAGAUCCAAGUCAAACCAAUACCCAAACACCUCAUUGAUCCAGAUUGAGGGAGUGAACACCAAGGAAGAGGUCACCUGGUAUGCAGGCAAGCGCAUGGCUUAUGUCUACAAGGCCAAGGUGAAGAAGAAUGGAUCGCACUACCGUUGCAUCUGGGGGAAGGUUGCUAGACCACAUGGUAACAGUGGUGUUGUUAGAGCCAAGUUCAAGUCAAACUUGCCACCAAGAUCCAUGGGUGAUAAGGUUCGAGUUUUCAUGUACCCCAGCAAUAUCUAAGACUCUCAAGAUUCCUUGAUGGCCGAUGGAGUUCAUGGUUUACUUAGAGGGAUCUACUGUUACUUGUUUUAUAAUUUAAGUUUAAAUGUGUUCUGCACUUUCAAAUGUUUGCGGAGUUUUGUUGUUAGAAUGUUGAAUUUAACAAUUUUUUUGCAUACUUAUUAAUCUCAGUUAGAGUUUUGCACCUUUUUGGAA